AGAGCCUUUUCUGAUUCCGAAUAGCAGCAGCCGGGCAGGGUUCCCAUAGAGAGAAGCCUCCAGUGAGGAGGGAGGGGAAGGGCAGGGCAAGGCGGAGAGUUUGCGAAGGAACAUUCAGACUGAAGAAAGCAAAGCAACACAAGGCAAGAAAGAAAAGGACAGACAAAUAAACAGAGGUGAGACAAGAGGCAAGAACAAACACCUGGAAGAUUAAGAAUCUCAGCCUGAAAGAGACGCAACUAUGAAGUCGGGGAAAAGUUCGUCAGGGUCUUCUGGUGGAGGCAACGCACCCCCUGGCAAUGCGAAGAAGGGAAAAGCGGAAACUAGAGGCCUUGUGAUGGAAGAAGCCCAGAUUUGUUGUGGCUGCCGCUUUCCAUUGCUGGUGGCUGUGUUACAGCUUUUGCUGGGUAUCGCGAUAGCAGUCGUGGCCUUCCUCAUGGUUGCUAUUAGCUCCUCUCUGCUGGCCAGGGAGACGCCCCACUGGGCUGGAAUCAUUAUGUGCGUGGUGUCUCUGGUGGGGUUCAUCUUAUUCUGCAUUACCAGAGUGCCUGAUGAGAGAGCAACGGUGCAAUUUAUCACAAAGCUCCUGUACUUCCUCUUUUGCACAAUAGGGCUUGUCAUCUCUGUGCUGGUCAUUGCCUUCCAGAGCUAUCACUACAACCUCACCAACAGCCUCACAUGCAAAGAAAAGGGUGAGGACUGCGUGUGCAACCUGGAUCCAGAAGAUCCUAUUGCUCGAACCUUUACCUACAGUGGCGUGACAGACUGCAGUGCCGUCGUAAGCACAUUACCAAUGUACAACCUUCUGCAGAUCGUGCUAAAUCUGGCCCAGGCCAUAGUCUGUCUGGUAGGGGCCUUCAUGAUAUGGAAACAUCGGUACCAGGUGUUUUUUGCUGGUCUGCAGAAGGGAUCUCCCUCUGACCAGCAGUGUCAGAAAGUUUAGGGCUGAGAAAUUUCUCUCGAGACGCAAAAAGGUGGAGCGUAAGAGCAUUUGUGCCUUUAGGGAAGAAACUUUUCUGUUUUAUGUCGUAUGCAAUCUUUUAUCCAAGCAAUCUGUGUUUGUAUUAUGAUAUUAUAAUAUUUUGAAAGUUUUAUGCGGUUUUUAAAAUGAUUAAACUUUUGUAUUUUGGCCUUUUUUUUGGAAAUUUCACCUAACAAGGUAACAGACUUAAAGGGACACUCCACUUUUUUUGAAAAUAUGCUCAUUUUACAGCUCCUCUAGAGAUAAACAUUUGAUUUUUACCGUUUUGGAAUCCAUUCAGCUGAUCUCCGGGUCUGGCAGUACAACUUUUAGCAUAGCUUAGCAUAAUUCAUUAAAUCUGAUUAGACCAUUAGCAUUGCGCUAAAAAAUAACCAAAGAGUUUAAAAUUUUUUCCUAUUUAAAACUUGACUCUUCUGUAGUUACAGCGUGUACGCAGCAGCCGAAAAUAGUAGGAGACUAUUUUCGGGCACUGUGUAAUAUCAUUGCGCCUCCUGCAGCCAUGUUACGGCAGCAAAGUCCUUGAUUAUUACGCCAGAAUGAAAGUAUAGUUCAUAGCCAUAUCUGCCUAGAAAAUCACAACUUUUAAUUUUCCAUCUGUCUUAGUACACGAUGUAACUACAGAACAGUUAAUGCCGUUGGUUAUUUUUGAGCGCGAUGCUAAUGGUUUAAUCAGAUUCAAUGGAUUGUGCUAAGCUAUGCUAAAACUGGUAGCGCCAGACUCGGAGAUCGGCUAAAUGGAUUCCAAAACGGUAAAAAUCAAAUGUUUAACUCUAGGGGAGCUGGAAAAUGAGCAUAUUUUCAAAAAAAGUGGAGUGUCCCUUUAAAUGUACCACUGCCAAUGAGAGUAUUUUUUUAACUAGAAUUUGAUGCAAAACAGCACCUGUCUCAAGUUAUACCUGUUCAUUUUAUUUUUUUGGUUAGUACAAUGUAAAAAAAUAUUUUUUAAGUUAAAGUAACAUAAAAAUAUAAAAUAAUAGGUUGAAUUGACUUGCAAAACCAAGUUGUUUUAACUUCAUGCUGCAUUUUUUUACAGUGUAAUAUGCAUUGAAAGUAUCUGAUGUUUACAUUAAUGUAGAAAUAAAUAGCUUUUAAGCUUCACCUCAAAUUUCAGGUCAAGGACGUCUGAUAAGCUGUAACUAGGGCCUUUAAAAAGUUACUAAUAUUUAUAGAUAUAUAUACAUUUGGUACCAAUAUGAACCCUCUGAGGUACUAAUAUAAACUCUUUACUUUUAGGUGCAAAGGUGUACAUUUUCAAUGGGUACUGUCCUAUUUUUUUCUUGCAAACUUUUCAAAACUAAACUCUGUUUUCUAAAAUGUAAUGUAUAUUGGAUGCAGUAUUGGUUAAGAAAAAAACUGCCUCUUGUAUUUGUGUACAAAUCAUAGUGUACACAAACAGCAGUCAAAAAUGAAAGGUGUGCCCAGUGACACGGCUGGCCUGAAGUCACAGUUCACACAGCCAGUGAAAGUUUAGGGGGAUUUGUAGGGGGUACUCAGACAAACAGCAGGUCAAUGCCUUCAGCUAAAGGAAACCAAAGAAAAUAAACAUUUAUUUUACAUUUUACGCAGAUCAAUAAGAUGAAAAUGCGAAAACAUGGUGUAAAACUCUUUAAAGAGCCCUUUGGUUUGGUGUAUGAAAGAGAUUCAACAUGAUGCUUUGGCACAGGAUAAACACCCUAAAAUGUUAGCUUUGGAUGACUCAUCUCUCGUUUGAGCUGCUUUCUAAUAAAAGACAUUUACAUAA